GCUUUAGUGUGAUGUGAAUGGAAUAGAAUCAGCGCGAGAGGGAGAACGAGGGAGGAGGACAGCACAAAUCAACCUGCCUCUUGACUUAACAACAGAAUAGAGGAGCCGGCAGACGCACAGAUCGGGAAGUGUGUGCUGUUUGGGUUUUUUUGUUAUUAUUAUUUUUGGAGAGAGGAAGAGAUCGGCAGACAGGAGGAACUGACGGAGGAGGAGAAAGAGCCUCACCGUGGAGAUAGAUAGCAGAAAAAUGCUGUCAUGGGGAGAGAAGGGGAGGGAGUCGACAGAGAGGAACAGGAUGAAACAAGGCAGGGUCGAGCAAAGCUGAAAUGUGGAGCAGCAGUUGUGCAGGAAGACUGAGACUCUAUCCGGACCGCAUCCAGGCUGUUACCAGCUGAGGCUAUUUCUGGGGUGGCCAGUGGAGGACAACAAAAGGAUGAGUGCAGACUAAAGGACACCAUGCUAGUAGGGUUAAUACCGACAGAGCCUCUCCUCCACAGAGGACAUCGAGUCCAUCUCCAGUGAUGAUCACACUCCUCUCAUCCUCACUCCACAGGAAGGACCACCCCACAACUGGAGUACCACCUCAUCACACAUAUGCACACCUGGGGGAGGCCUGCAAUGAGCUGCACAUUCUCCUCAACUGAAGCGUUUUCAUUUUCACACACCUACUUGUUAUUACAAAGUGUUUCGACUCACAGAGACAUCCGUGGUAACACAGAGGUGGAGAGAGAUCAGCUGUCUUAAGUGGUGUGAAUAGGCACUAUAUUAGCUGCUUUCUCUCAGUGGGGUUUGUUGUCUUUGAGCACAUCAUUCCCGUUUCACACCAGCACCAUAGAGCCCACAACACAAAUUUAACAGAAAGAGGAGAAAAUUCUGGAGCAGACUGGAAAAAGCAUUGUCAGACUGGUUUCUCAGGCACCAUGCAGUCAGAUGACCUCUUCAUCCGUAAGUUUCGGCGUCAGAAUGUGCGCCCUCCAAUUGCCACUGUCAACUUUGACCCCAAGCGGGAUGCAGGUGUGGUGGAGUGGCCGCCCAGGAGGGACGGCGAUGGAACUGACGGGGACAGUCUCACCCCCAGCCGAGUGGGGCUGAACCUCCGGGCGGUGGGACGGGGCCACAUCAUGCAGAGGAGUAACAGCGAUGUGACUUUAGGGGACUUGGACUCAUCCGGGAAGGCAGGGGGGAAAGCGGUCCGGGUCGUAGGUGAAAAGGUGGGUGUGGGGGCUCAGGGGGACUCAGGUUUGCUACACAGGGAAUAUGGCAGCCUGUCCUCCCUGGAGAGACAGACUCAAGCCCAGGAGGCAGGCACAGACGAUCAGGGUCCACUGAGUCCGAACGCCCUCCGCUUCAAGGACCCCUUCCUGCUUUUAGGUCUCCAAGGAAACCCUCCAGAGCCAGAUGGAUUUUUCAGGGGUCUCUCUGCUUCAGUGGGAGACUCCCCAAAACCUGCAAAGCCGCCGAAACCUGAAGGUCUUAACAAGAAGGCCAAACCUAUGCCCUGUUCGAUUCCUCAGCCAGGUCCAUAUGAUAACAUCGGGGGCGGAGCCUGGGUAAGGAACUUUGCCCACUAUGAUGUUCAGAGCAUCCUGUUUGACCUCACAGAAGCAGCCACAAACAGAGACAGCAUCGGGCGCAAAAAGAACAUCACCUCGGGGGCUUCAGCCGCCUCACAGCUGAGGCCCCUCUCCCAGGCCAACUCAUCCUCACCUGCACAGGGCGGGGGAGGCAACGGGGGGAGCGCAGAUGACCCUGAGCAGUCGCUACUCCUCGACGAAGGUGACGGGAAUGAUAACGAACUUUUGCUCAGCUGCCCCCACUUCCGCAAUGAGACAGGGGGCGAACAGCAGGUGGGUCUCUGUCGGUCCCAAGGCAGGCGGGGGCUCUGGUCCAGCCUGCGGACCCCCAACGAUGCAGUGUCAGUCCUGGAGGAGCCCCGAGAGAGUCACGUCCAACAGCAGGGCAAGAGCAACUACUUCAUAGAGCAUGCAGAUCUGGGAGCCCAUUACUAUCGCAAAUACUUCUACAUGAAAGAGCAUCAGAAUUUUUUUGGCAUGGAUGAUCGCCUCGGCCCAGUGGCGAUCAGCUUCCGUAGGGAGGAGAAGGAGGGAUCCAGCGGAGCUCAGUACAAUUACAGAAUCAUCUUUCGCACCACUGAGAUGAAAACACUGCGAGGUUCAAUCUUAGAAGAGUCGGUGCCCUCUGCUGCUCGUCACACGACUCCCAGAGGCUUGUCUCCCAAGAGGCUCCUGGAGUUCAUCAUGCCUGAGCUGAACCUGCACUGUCUGCGCUUGGCCUCCAACUCCCCCAAAGUCCGAGACACCCUGCUGAAGCUCGACGAACAGGGGCUGAAUUUCCAGCGAAAGGUUGGAGUGAUGUACUGCCGCGCUGGACAGAGCUCAGAGGAAGACAUGUACAACAACGAGAGCUCCGGUCCGGCGUUUGAGGAGUUUCUGGAUCUUCUGGGGGAGCGUGUGCGACUGAAGGGCUGGGAGAAAUACCGAGCUCAGCUGGACAACAAGACUGAUUCGACCGGGACACACUCUCUCUACACACGUUACCAGGACUAUGAGAUUAUGUUUCAUGUGUCUACUAUGCUGCCCUACACAGCCAACAACACACAACAGUUGCUAAGGAAGCGACACAUCGGUAACGACAUCGUGACAAUCGUGUUUCAGGAGCCAGGCGCGCUGCCCUUCACUCCAAAGUCGAUCCGCUCACAUUUCCAACAUGUUUUCAUUAUUGUUCAGGUUCAUGAGCCCUGCACAGAAAACACCUACUACAGGGUGGCUGUGACACGCUCUAAAGACAUCCCAUUAUUUGGCCCACUGUUCCCUAAGGGUGCCCGUUUCCCUCGCUCGCCUGCCUUUAGAGAUUUCCUCCUGGCUAAGGCAGUUAAUGCUGAAAACGCUGCAGAGAAGUCAGAGAAGUUUCGCUCCAUGGCCACUAGGACACGACAGGAAUACCUGAAGGACCUGGCUGAAAAUUAUGUGACCACCACACCCAUCGACUCCUCCACCAAGUUCCCCCUGCUUUCCCUGGGGGGAAAACGUAAAGACAAGUUGAAGGGCGCCAAAGGAGCUGAGCUGCACAGUGCUGGUGCGUUGGUGUGGGCUGUGAUGGUCAACAGUGGAGAUGAAGGGGAGGCAGGAGAGCACAAACUCCCCUGUCUGCUCGGGGUGUCGGCUGAGUCAGUGGUGCUGAUUGAAAGGUGCACACGCAGGGUGGUGUUUAACUGCUCCUGUCGUGAUGUCAUUGGCUGGAAGGCAGUGACAGAGACUAAAGAGGGCGGGCCUUGCUUGGAUAUCUUCUAUGAACGUGGCGAGUCAGUGUCGAUCAGUGUGAUGGAGACUCAGGCAGAGGAGAUACGAGAGGUGGUGCAGAGGCUAGAGCUGGUCACCCGAGGCUGUGAGGCACUAGAGGUCACACCACUUCGAGAUGGAGUAGGUCAACCGGGCUUCCUAAUGAAUGAGGAGGGCUUUGUAACAGAGCUGCAGCGGUUCUGUUAUGCUGAGAGUGGGGGUCUGCAGCUGUGGGCUCGUGUGGUGCGGCUAUGUGGCCACUCCCUGGUUCACCUCAGCCCAGAGGAGAGGACCCGGCUGCUCCGCACCGCACACAAGAUCCACAUCACUGUUAUCCCACCGGACGAGAACGGCAAACCUCGCAGAAGUUUCUCUGAGCUCUACCAGAAAGCAAUCAAGGAUGCAGAGUGUAAACCCGGUGAGGAUCAGUCCGGAGAGGCCUGGGUCCUGGAUGAGAGGGAAGAAGAGGAGGAGGAGGAGGAAGAGGUGAAGGAGGAAGGCGGAGUCACUGAGGUGGACAUCACCAAGGUGCAGGUGGAGGCUGAGGAGGGUGAAGAGCAGUCAUGCGAUAAAGGCCAAAGUGAAAGGAGCGAAGGUUCGCUCCUGACGCCACCCAGUUUACCUCUAUUACGGGCCACAUCCCUGCAGGACCAACCGUCCAAUCAGAGCCAGGAGGGUUCGGCCUCGCAGCUCACCCGCAGCUACUCUCUGGAGAGACAGCUGUCAUACAAGGACACAUGUGAAGAGCACAUGUACGACAACGUGGGGGUGAAGGUGGACCGUCAUAUCUAUGAGAACAUCGGCGAACUGCGAGACGCCACACCUGAUCUCAUCCUCGCUGUCAAACCGAAGGUUCCCUUGGAGGACGAGCAGUUCAUGGGUGCUGACUUUGGUGAUGACAAAGCCUCAGCCAGCGAUGCUUCUCUCUCAUCUUCCCGGUUGUCGUGUGUAGACCGAGCUGAAAGAAAUUCACGAGCCCUAAGUCUUCAUAACUCCAUCACUAAGAUUCUCUCAGAGACGACAGACUCGACAGAGGAAGAGUGGCAGUCCAUCGCUGACUUGGCCACAGCCUGCCGCAGCAUCCUGGAGGCUUUGUCACGAGAAGACCGCAAAGCUGGAGAUGCAUCUCAGGCAGGAGCUGACCAGGCAGACGGGAAACUAAGGGACACAAAGGAGAGUGACUCUCCAGGCCACCUCGAAGAGAAGGUAUCACAGCUGGAGUCCAUGCUGAAGAAGCUGCAGGAUGACCUGCAAAAGGAGAAGGAGGACAAGGCGGUGCUGCAGGCCGAGGUGCAGAGCCUCCGGCAGAACAACCAGCGGCUGCAGGAGGAGUCACAGAGCACAGUGGCCCGCCUCAUCAAAGUCACCGAGCUGCUGUGUAACGUCAACAAGCCCUGUUAGCUCCGUCACACACAAACAAAUCUGUGGAAACAUGCAAAACGUACAACGUCCUUGUACACCGAGUUUGUUUAUACAUAUUUGCAAAAGUAGACACACACACACACACACACACCCUCUUCAGUCUGUGUACGACCACAGCUUCGAUACAAAUCCUUGGACCUGCCUCUCGGUGAAGGAGUAUGCAAAUAAACACACAAAAAUACAAGAAAAGACCUUCUAAACAUCACAUAGACUGACCAAUGCGCAGUUAUCAGGCUGCUGAGUUGGUAUGCUAUGCCAGAGUGCUUACCUUAGUGAGUGUAUGAUAAUGUAAGUCUGUGAAUGUGUGUGUGUACGCUGUGUGUGUAUGUAUGUAUGUGUGCAUCUCUUACUGUACCUUGCUUCAAAUACUUGACAAGCUGGGCUGAAUAGCACUUGCAUAAAAAGUGGCAAUGAAGACUGAGAGACACUGUAUAGCAUGUUUGGUGGUGUCUUAUCUGAAAUGACCAAAAGUAUAUAUACACACACACACACACACACACACACACACACACACAUACACAUAUAUAUGACCAAUAAUAUAUGUGAAAAGUACAUAGUAUUGCUAUCCCUCUGCCAGACCUGUAGUUCUGUAGUUGCAAUGAGUGUGGUUCUGCCUGAUAGUGUGGAAGGCCUCAAAAUUACACACAAAAACAAAACAACAAAAAAAAGGAACAUGACACUGACGAGCCUUUAGGCAGCCGUCUAUUUCUACAAAAGAUGUAAUGAUGCUAACUGACUGGCCUCAGAGCAAGGUCUGUUGCAGAACAUCCUCCUCUUCAUGUCUAAGCAGUACUGUAUUUAAGAAAUUGGGACUUUUUAGGGAGAGGGGAUAUAAGAAAGGGAUGUAAACUGGAAGAAAUGAAAAAAAAAAGUGCACGCUUUUCCUCCUGGGAGUUGAGUUGAAGGGAUACUAAAUAGGGUUAUACCUCUCCUGAAGACACAGACAAUGGCAGGAAAGAACUGCUUCGGCUUCCUUUCAUGAUUGCCUGUAGCUGUUUUCUUCUAACCUCACUAUUGUAGCAGCCAUACUGUAGAUCUUCUGCUGGCCUGAACCACAAAAUGCCAAAAGGCAGCUUUUCUUUCAGCUGGCAAAAUAGCUUUAGGUGUCUGAAUGAAACACCUUAAACUAAUAGUGAAAUACAGAAUAUCGUAUUCAACAUGUUUUGUGUUCAGCGGAUGUCUACAGUGACUUUUGGGUAAUUGUUUAGUAUGGCUUAUGAGUGGUAGUGGUAAGGACAAAUAGGUGAAAUCUUACCAGUCCACCCUGAUGUGUGUGUUUGUGUGUGUUUCUGUGUUGUUCCUGCACUUUUUUUGUAAACUUGACACUGGACAGGGCACAUACUGUACUUUAUUUAGCCUGCCCAGGUUAUGUCUUGCUCAGCAUAACAAGGUGGGUCAAAUCUCGUCCCCCCCCGACGCCACCUUACCUCACCUUUUUUGUGUCCAACGCCGAUGGCACCAAUAAUAAGGUGUGUUCAGAGGAGUCGGACUGCUUCUCCUCAGUGCCAACGAAAGCCCGGGCAGCUCUCCUGAAUCCCACUGAAACUGAACAGAACUGACUCGAACACAAACUCAGAACUCUGAAAAGAAAAAGAAAAAAAAAAAAAAGGGAUGCCAAACAUUUGUCAGUCACUCAAACUCUCAAAGCUCCUGUUUCUUGUACAAACUUCCUCUUGUAAUUUUAUUUUAGAGUCACUGUGAAUACCUGGUACCAGCAUAUUAAGAUACAGUAUAUUCAGAUUAAAUUAUGAAUCUAAACUUUAUCAGUAUGUGAAGAUACUGUAUGUACAGGUGAACUGUUCCAUGUUAUUACUUAGUGCAUUGGGUUGUGUACGCCCUCCUUUUGCAGGAUGAUUAUGCAGACAAGUGUUACCCGUGGCCAUGCAGGCUCCUCGUUUCAUCUCGUGUACAUGCUGAAGCCUCAUGACUUAACAGGGAGAAGAUGGUGUAAGAAGACCUGUUUUACUGUGUCUUGUAUAGUUAUUUAGAUUGUAGGAGGCUGGUCAAGCAUGAGAAUGUGCCAAGCAACUUCCAAGCUCCUCUCUGUAUGUGUGUCUGUAUAAAAAAUGUAACUUAUUAAUCAUGCAAAUGUGGAUUUUCUUGUAGCUGUGUCAACUGGAGGGAAGCAAUGAGAAAAAUGUGAAAUAGAGCAGAAUUGAAUGGUGGGUUUGGUUACAAAUUUAUGCUUUUUUUCCCCCCUUUUUUUCUUUUUGUAGAAAACCAACAGUCAUAUAUGAUAUGACCCAGCAAAAUCUGCAAGUCUUGCUUAGUGUGAUGGUUCUUAUUAUUAUUCUAGUAUUGAGCUAUUUCAGCUUUAGCUCGUACAUAUUUAAAAAGGUCUUAAAACACCAUUAGGUACGCCUUAAUGAGCGAAUCUCUUCCUUCAGAAUGGAUGGUCAAAACUGGUCAUUCAGGUGUUAUGUGAAGGCUUAUUUCUCUGACUUUGUGCCUACCUGAACAUGUAAUGUAUGUUACCCUGCUUAGUGAUCUCAUUUCAUUGUUUUUGGUUGCACUCACUGAGGUUUUGUGGCACAUGAAGGGUUUCUAUUGGACCGUCACAACUUCUUGGUCUUCAUCAUUCACCGUGUGAGGAAAAAGUGAUUGGAUGAACAGAUAUGAAUAAUAAUAGCUGAGUGUUUUUGGUCUCAAAUAUCUCUGAACGUUUAUGGCUCAAUGAGUACCAAUUGUCAAAAGAAGCAAACCAACAAAUAUAUGAUUUUUAAGUGAAUUAAAAGGAAAAGGUGCUUAACAUGA